AUACAGUUUAUUGUCUUUAUUUAUAUUAUCUAAUGAUGUACAUAUUUAAUUUAAUCUUAUUUAUAUAUGUAUCUUCAUAUAUUCUCUAACUUUCCUAAUCUCCCCUGCGAAUUCGUUCAAGUUUUUGUUUUUAUUAUGUAGUUUCCCAAGAUUUUAUUUUGCUUUGUGGCAAAUGCGCAAGCCGCGCGAGCCAAAAUCAAACGGAAGAAGAAUUAUGUGUAGACAAAAAAAAAAGUUUUCAUUAAUUAAAUAAAAUAUAUUUCUAUCCGUAAAUAUUAAUGUACCUAGUUCCCCUGAAUUGUUUAUCUUCGUAAAAUGGAUAUUGAAGGAACAAAUAAUUCAAGUAAAGAACGAUUUGUUGAGUGCUUAACGCAGCAAUUGAGUGAAUUAGAAUUAUUAGAAUCAAUGUAUCCCAAUAAAGGGGAUUUAAUUUUAUGUAAUAAAAACAUAAAAGACAUUAAGUCUUUUAUUGAGAAUAAUUCUGAAUAUGUUCCUGAUAAUUUAGAUUUUACGUUAAAUCUUUUUAACAAUCAAUUUAAAAUUGAAAUUUCAAUCAAUCUUCCAAGUUUUUACCCAGAAGAAGGACCAGAUGUAUACAUUAGAUGUAAUCAACUAAAUCGAAUGCAAGAAACUCUAAUCAAUAGUCAACUGCAAGAAUUUAUGAAAACUAUUAACAGAGGCGAGUUGUGUUUAUACACAAUCAUAACAUGGAUACAAGAACAUAUUGAGGAUAUAAAACUAUCAGAAGUACUGCCUGCAGAAGAAACUAGUACUUCAAAAUUAUUUGAUGAAAAGUUUUCAAGGCUUUGGGUGUAUUCUCAUCAUAUAUACAACAAGAAAAAGAGAGAAAAGAUUGUGAAGAAAGCAAAAGAGUUAAAUUUGACUGGCUUCUGUUUGCCCGGUAAACCUGGAAUAGUCUGCAUUGAAGGUGAAACAAAAGACUGUGAAGAUUGGUGGAGGGAGAUCAAAUGUUUAAAUUGGCAGAAAUUAGUUAUUCAGAAAUCAGAGGUUUUAGAAUGUUUAGAAAAUGAUAGAAAGUUUACUAAUUUUGAGGAAUUACAAUUUCAAUCUAACAAUAACACAAAAUUUUCUAACAUGAGUGAGUUUUCUAAAUUCAUGAACUUGAAUGGUUUUCAGUCAAUAUUUAAUGAAUUAUUUGGAUUAUGACUAUAUAGUUUUUUUUUUUUUCUAUUACUAAAUAUUUCUUGAUAGACUAAUAAAUUAUAUGUUUCAA